CCUGUAGCUGACUUUUCUAUUGCUGGCUCCGCCCUCACCGGAAGUCCCUAGAAAACACUCGGAUCAAGCAAAGCUCCGCCCAUGUAAAAUCUUCAGGUCAAGGUUCGGGAGGAGCGUGACGACAUCGAUCAGCUGAGUGAGUUCAAUAUGCAAGACAGCGACAACGACCAAGAAAAGCUGGAUUUAACAUUGAUUGGAGUGUGUAAAUGUGAAAUGUCUCUGUAGCUAAGUGUAAACGUGUUGUGAAGCAAGCGCUGCAUAACUCAGUUUGAAGAAUUACACUGGCUUGUAACAGGAUCCUGGACGGGCUAACUGCGACCGUUAUUUCGAAUAUGCAGAGACUGACGACUAGAAGUAUUAAACAGUGAAACAAAAUGUGUGCAAUGCAAAAUUGCCAGUGUUAAAAAGACAUAAUUUACAAAAUAAUCUAGAGCCAUACCAGUUAUGCUGAAAACCACAGCGGGAGUUGUGAUAAAUUGCAACAGAGUUGUGUCUGUCUCGUGUUCGGGGAAUAAGGGAAUAAUGUCUCGCAGACUGCAUGCACGAAGACUUGAUGGAAUCGACAAAAAUAUAUGGGUUGAGUUUACUCAGCUUGCGGCAGAUUAUAAGGCUGUAAACCUGGGCCAAGGAUUUCCAGAUUUCUCCCCUCCUGCUUUCAUUCAGGAGGCUUUCUGUAAAGCUGUGAGCGGAGCCUGUCCCAUGCAUCAGUACACACGGGCCUUUGGUCAUCCACCACUGGUGAAAAACCUUGCUAAGUUCUUUGGGAGAGUUAUGGACAGAGAAGUGGACCCACUUGAAGAUAUCUUGGUGACAGUGGGAGCUUAUCAGGCACUCUUUUGCACUUUCCAGGCUCUGGUUGAUGAAGAAGAUGAGGUUAUAAUCGUUGAGCCAUUUUUUGACUGCUAUCAGCCAAUGGUGAAAAUGGCAGGAGGGAAAGCUGUGUAUGUGCCUCUGAGACCUAGAGCAGAUAGUGGCCAGGCACUGUCCAGUGCUGACUGGGUCUUAUCUCCAGAAGAGCUGGCUAGUAAAUUCAGCCCUCGUACCAAAGCGAUUGUUAUCAAUACCCCUAACAACCCACUGGGAAAGGUGUUCAAGAGAGAAGAGCUGCAGGUUAUUGCAGACCUUUGUGUGAAGCAUGAUGUGAUCUGCAUCAGUGAUGAGGUGUAUGAAUGGCUAACCUAUGAUGGAAACAAGCACGUAAAGAUAGCCAGUCUUCCUGGAAUGUGGGAAAGAACUGUCACAAUUGGUAGUGGAGGAAAGACCUUCAGUGCCACAGGAUGGAAGGUGGGUUGGGCAAUGGGAUCAGGGCGGAUCUUAAAACACCUGAAGACUGUCCAUCAGAAUUCUGUUUAUCACUGCGCAACAGCUGCACAGGAGGCCGUGGCAGCAGGCUUCGAGAGGGAGUACGACUGCUUCGGGAAAGAGGAGAGUUACUUUCUUCAGCUUCCCACCUUGCUCCACCACAAACGCCUGAGGCUAGCCAAGUGUUUGCAGAGCGUGGGACUGCAACCGAUUCUUCCCCAGGGAGGAUACUUCAUGAUCACAGACAUCUCCACUCUCAAGGUUGACCUGAAUGACCCCAGCACACAGGGGGAGCUGUAUGACUACCGAUUUGUUAAGUGGCUUAUUAAAGAGAAGGGUUUAGCUACAAUUCCAGUAUCAGCCUUCUACAGCCCUGAACACCAGAAAGAUUUCCAAAACUACAUCAGGUUCUGCUUUGUCAAGGAGGAUUCAACACUGAAGGCAGCUGAGGACAUUCUUCAGCAGUGGAGUGAAAGAAAAUGAAUUUCUCCGCAAUGUGACUUUGAGAGAAAAAUUCUAACCAAUUAGAAGUUGUGGCGAAGCCAAACAUUUAGCUUGGUUUUGUCUUGUUUUAGCUCAGAUGAGAACGGUCUCGACUUUUCAUGAUGUCGCCUUUGUUAUCUUCGUCAUUUUUUUUCUCAGACCGGUUCAGCCAGCUUGCCUUAUGUUAGUUCAAGGCCGUUCAAAUCUAAACACAGCCCGCCGCAGAGCUCUCUCUAUGGGGCGUCUCCCUCACAGCAUCCUCUGUCCUGACUGAACAAAUCUUAUAUUGAGAUGUCUGUGUUAUCCUGGUGACAGGACUAAGACCUAAUCUGCUAUAUGCACACUCCUGGUACCCCUGAAAUGCAGGGGGUUUUAAUCAUGAAAACUGGAACUUGAAAUUCUACAACAUAGAUGUGAAAUAAAUAAAGAUCAACUUAUAUUUUCA